UUCACAAUUCGAAUAACAGCAAAUGCGCGAACAGCUUUUUUCCCCUAUCGAUCAGCCCUCACUCAAUAACAACCGCGCGUGGGUGACCGGGCAAAAAUACGCCUAAAAUUCGAUGGCAUAAGCGCUCAGAAGUUCACGGCCGACACCUUCUGAUUCGUCCUUGAACCCUUGGCCUCAUGAACCCGCGCGCGGACAUCCGUCUCUCGGCGAUAUUCGAACCAACUUCCGGCACUCGGGAGCAGCGUACGCGCCGACGCGCGCAUCCCGUCGUCGUCGUCGGGACGCAUCUGCGCAUUUUCCAGCUGAGUUUCCCUCACAGGCGAGGUUCUGCCUGUCCCGGAUUGUCGUGUAUGCGCCAAACACACCAGGCCGGCAGGAAAAUCAAGACUCGACUAUCGUUCACAUAUCGUUGAAUAAUUAUGUACAAAACGGUGCGGAAAGGUGAUGCCAGUCUGCAGUACACGAUACUGCCUCAGACGGAUCAGUUCUCGUCCGGCGGAUUCCCGCAGGCUUCCGGCAAACCCCGGCCGAGGAUCAUCAAGUACACAAUGGCUACUAUAAUGGUGCUGAUCAUACUAUCCUGCGUGGCCACGCCGUUCCUGAUGAAUCAGAACGAUCACAAUCUUUUCGCCAGCACGAUGCGAGCGAUUAGCCGAGUCGAACCGGUAAGGAACACGUCAAGGCAUCAAAUUGAAGACACUGGUGACAGUACAAACAAAGACAAGAUCCCAACCACAGUGGUAUCGACGACUGAGGUUACCAGAAGAAAAGAGGACGGCAUGACCUCCUUUAGCGUAAUCCUCCAGGACGAAGAGGAGGAGGAGGCCGUGGUUGAUGACGCCACAUUAGCAGGUUUACUCUUUUCAGGUUCUCUCUUUUCAGACAUGCCGGAAAUUAGUACGCAAGUGAUUCCGAGCAUGGAAACGUCAACGAGAGAUCAUCAAACGACAAUGACUUCCGCUCUAUCGUCGACAACUUUCUCAGCACUGUCGACGACAUCGAAGGCGUCUUCGAGCGGUACGACGGAGGAGACGAAGAGUACACUGAGCACGCCCAGGAAGCCGAAGAUGCCGAGGGUGACCUUGAAGUUGCGGGAGAACGAGACCAUACCGCAGAUGUACGUCAAGGCGGGCAUAGCCUCCUACAAGAAGGGCAACAUCACCACCAGCGUCCUUGCGCCACGUCUGAGUCUCGAGGGUCUGAUAUUCAAAACGCCGAAAGGCACGAUAAAACCCUGGCCUCAGAAGUGGAUCUUCAGCGACCCCUCCAACCCCACCAUCAAGUGGGGAGUGUUCUCUCUGGACCAUCCACCAAUGAUAACAUUUUAUGCGAUCUUUGGGGUAAUGUGUGCAACGGCAUGUGGUCUAAUCGCCCUGAUAAUUUACGUGCAGCGUAUUGCGCGUAAACAGUUCAAACGUCCAGGACAGAACAUCGAGGAGCCGGAGGUCGAGGAACCGGAGGUCGAGGAUUCGGAGAUCGAGGAGUCAACCCUGUUGGGCGCCGAGAGCCAAGAGACCAAGGAAAAGGAGUAAUCCCGACGUCGACAUGAGCAUGACACACCCGUACAUAGCGCGCGUAAGACUUGCCUAUUUUUACAAAGACACGUCGGUUAGAUUUAGGGUCUUCCACGCCGAAGGAUAGAAGAUCAAUAAACGCGGCCGAAGUGUGAGAAAGAUUUUUUUACGAUGUAGCCAGCUAACUAGAGAAACGUGGUACGAACGCAUGAACAACGUGAUUGCCCGGCCUGAGGUGAAGAUCUGUACGAGAUUCGUUUCCUGCGAGAUCCAUUGCUCACUGCGUUACUGUCACACCCGUAAGUUUAUCUUUACGCCACGGCAGAUUUUUGAACGAGGGUUUCUUCGCAAAAGCAGAAACGAUCACGUUGUACAAUCAUUCUUAACGUUACGCUUUUAUUAGAGUGUCCAAUUUACACGCUCGACAGUGAAUUAGCGAUGGACCAGUUAUACGUUUAUUGCAACUGUGGUAUAGUUCGACUAGCGACUUGAUUAUAUAACGAUACUAUUAUUAACGAUGUUAAUCUUCGGAUAAUCAAGCUGAUCGUAAAGUGUUGAGUAAAAAUAAGUUUUGUUGUUUAUUGCAUAAGUUCGCGAUAAGACACGGCAGGUUUUACAAAUCCGCCAUGACGGGCGCACAAUUGUGCAUGAUGACAAGCUAUGUGUAUACAGAGAGAAAGAAUACGUAUCUCACUGGCAAGUUAAGGAGACCAAUAUUUAUAAACUAUUUCAGAAAACAGUAAACUACACAGAACUCUUUUACUCUCUUUAUAAAUUCCUUUAAAAUAAAAAAAGUUCCUACAAAAAUUAAGAAUUCGAUGAAUGCUAAAAAAAAAAUACCUCAAAAAUAAUAAACGUUAUCUUAAAAAUUCUAAUUAGCAAAUGAAGUCUCGGAGGUACAUUCCUUUGUACAAAAAAAGCGCAGAAAUUAAAAAUAAUUUUAAAUGAUAAUGAAUUCGUAUACUGCCGGAAGGUGAGGUUAUAAUUAAUCUGAGAAUUUAGGAGAAACAACUUUCAAUUAAAAGUACGCGCAAUAGCGUGAAAAAGUAAAUGUUAAAAAGUAAACGUACCGCAAAGCCUUGAAGGGUCUUAGAGUUAAGACAUUACCAAUAAACAAUUUUAGGGUCCGAUAAAAAGGUCUCCUUAAUUCGGCCAUCUAUAUUUGCUAAACUUUCUAUAAUAUACACGAUAUACGUAUAUAUAUAUGAUUGUAAGGUAUUAUGUAUAUGUGUGUCAUCGAUUUUUCCAGCGGAUCUCGAAAAGGAAAAAGUGCUUUUUAACUUUCUGACGCCAGUCGUAUUCUAUCUGCGUACAAAAGUAGCCGUACUGCCAGCUACAAUAAAGGGCCAGCUUUGGAAUCCCGUUUAAUUAAAAGUGAUGUUUGAACGAACGUGCUAUCAAGUAUAUCGUACGAUCGAUAUCCACGAGCCGUUUACUCGGCGAUAUCUGUCACACGGGGAAACGUAAUAUCAUAUUUUGCAAAAUAUGACGAACGGAUUGACGAUAUUGCAUUGGAAGUAUGUCAGAAAUAUUUGUGUGAUAGAAAUAUCGAAUAAAUCCGAACUAUGCGCGGUAAAGCUUCAUCAAUGUAUUGUUUCGCUAAAAUAAUAUACUAUUAUUUACAUAAAUUUAUACAGAAUUGGGAUACAGAAUUAAUUCAUGAAAUUGAUAUGAAACUGAUAUUCGCAUAGAUAAUACCUUUAAUUAAACAGAUAUAUUGUGUCAAAACUGAAAUUGACGUAGAUAUGCAUUAUGAUCAUUAGAUUCUUUAUGAGAGAAGAGAGAGAGAGAGA